AUGUUAUAUAGCAUUGUUACUACGAUUUACUUUUGGAAUUUCCGUAACGAAGGAACGUUAUUCUAUCUUCCCAUUCUUUUACCAUGGUUCCAAUUUUUUACAGCACUUUUAUUAUUUACCAAGAAUCACAAAUUAUUUACUGUUCUUCAGCUUGGUGCAAUUUCAUUAUUCUUUUUUUAUCUUGGUAUGCAUCUUGUUUGUAUUUUAUUGUGGUGGCGGCAAUUUAGAUUUGUCGAAUUCGGAUGUAAUCUAUUGAUAUGGUGCUAUGGAUUCUACUAUUUUCUUCACAUGAUAUCUCUGACUAUUCGAUUUACAGAUGGAAGAUUUCUUAUUCUGUCUCUACUCGGGUGGAAAAGUGGCUGUAAAGUCACGUGGAUAACAGAUAUACAUAUUGCCAAACAGGUUUUAUUAGCUUCAUCAAAUAAAGGUUCAUUCAUUGAAGAAAAAAUUGCUUGUCCAGCCUGGUCGCCUGUUCUUUCUCUCGAAUCUGUCAAUGGCAACUCAUGGAUAGAUCUCAAAUCGAAAUUUCUUAUUUUUCAAAAGUAUCUUCCACCUGUAGAACACCUCACUCACAUAGUAAGACAUAUUUUAUCUUCACAAAAUGCAAAUAUAGAGAUCGACGCAAAACAAGUUGUUCAAAUCACAUUAGCUUGUUUUGUCAAAUGGAUAUUUAAUCGAGAUUGGGAUUCCAAAUGGGAUUUUGUCUGCGAAGCAUCAUGGGAGUGGCGCAAAGAAAUUGCGAUAAAAGGAAAAGCGGAUACAGCGUUAAAAUAUAAAACAAUUGACUGGUUAAUUGACUUGAUAAAUCAAUCUGAUUACUAUCAAAUAUUCGGUGAACAAUGGUCAACUCCAGAAUGUUAUUCGGUCAUCAUGCAACCAUUUAUUUUAUCUCCUAUGAUAAAUUUUAGUGAUAUUGCAGUAUCUUCUAGUCGACAUCCCGAUUUAUCGAUUCAAGAGCUAAUUCAUUAUUAUCAUCCAUUUCCAAUAAUCGAACGCUAUAUCGAGAAAGACAUUGUAGAAUGUAAUGAUGGUGUUAAAUGUGUGCUCGUCAAUGCCAAUACGCAAGUAUUUAUUCCAUUGGACACGAUUGGCCAACAAGAACAAUACAAUCACAAGUUAUGGACACCAUUUGGAAUCGGGCCUAGAAAAUGUCUAGGCACUCAAUAUGCAAUUCCAUUUCUAACCGAAUUUAUUACGCACUACAAAAAUAACCCAAAAUUCGUACCUGAGAAGAAUCAUAAAUAUAGUGGAAGAAAUAACGACCAACUUUCAAUACGAGAAUCAAUAUAUCAACUUAUUAUAUUUGGUAAAAUAUUGAUUCGUGGUUGA